AUGAUCAGGCAGCUGGGUUUACCCACUUGGUUCUGUUCAUUUUCUGCAGCGGAAACAAAAUGGACACCCUUACUUAAAACACUAGGAGAGCUUAUUGAUAAUGUGACCUACACGGAAGAGGAAAUCAAAGAAAUGAGCUGGGAACACAAAAGUAAACUCAUAAAGUCUGACCCAGUAACAUGUACAAGAUAUUUUGACUUCAGAUUCAACAAAUUCUUUGCAGAAGUAUUGAGUCACAAAACAAACCCUGUAGGCUUUAUUGAAGACUUCUUCUACAGGAUUGAGUUCCAGCAGAGAGGCUCUCCUCAUGUGCAUAUGCUUCUGUGGAUUAAAGAUGCUCCAUCUGUUCAAACCCACUCGUACAAAGAAGUAGCUCAAUUCAUUGACAAGUACGCAACUUGUGAAAAGCAUGGGGCAGAUGACUUCCUGAUAAAUUACCAGACACAUCGUCAUGCAAGGACUUGUAUGAAAAAGAAUAAACCAAUAUGUAGAUUUCAGUUCCCCAUACCCCCAAUGUCUCAAACUGUUGUACUGACACCACUAGAUGAUGAUGAUGAACAUUUCUCAACAGCUGCAAUGUCUUACCAGAAAAUUGUAGAUUACCUCAAUUCAUCAAAGUUUAGAGAGUCUGAAAUUGAAAUGACUUUUCAAGACUUUUUAUUAGAAUUGCAAAUGAAUGAAGAGUGCUACAUCAGGGCAGUCAGAUCAACUUUGAAACAAGAAAAAGUUUUUUUGAAGCGAAAACCCAAUGAAGUGAGAAUUAAUGCUUACAAUACUGUUCUUCUUCAGAGCUGGCAAGCAAAUAUGGACAUUCAGUUCAUUUUAGAUGCAUAUGCGUGUGCUACUUACAUAGUGUCCUACAUUUCUAAAGGUCAGAGAGGAAUGUCCAACCUGCUGCGACAUGCCUGUGAAGAAGCAAGACAGAAUGACUCUGAUAUUCGCCAACAAGUGAGGCGUAUAGGAAACAAGUUUCUUUCUCACGUUGAGAUAGGUGCUCAAGAAGCAGUAUAUCUAGUACUUCAAAUGCCAUUGCGCCAUACAUCAAGGUCUGUGACUUUUAUUAGUACUGCUCCGAUAGAUGAACGUGUUGUGUUAUUGAAACCUAGACAUGUUUUAGAAGAGCUGAAAGAGGGCAGUACAGAUAUUGAAGCUGGCAAUAUCACAAAACUGUAUCAACAACGCCCAAAAGCUCUUGAAGGAAUCUGUCUUGCUGAUUUUGUCUCUUGGUUUCAUGUAAAGUAUCACAAGGAGAAAAUCAAACAGAACACUUCAGAAGAAUUGCCUGAAAAUGAGCCAGAUGAAGAGACUUCUGAUGAUGCAAUAUCUGUCACAAUAGAUUCAUGUGUAUUUGCUCAGAGUUACAUGUUCAGAAAUGGUACAGAAAUUGUCAAAAGAAAAAAAACCAUGGUUUUAAGAUGGGUAAAUUUUGAUGUUGAAACAGACAGCGAGAAACAUUAUCGUGAACUUCUAAUGUUAUUUACUCCAUGGAGAAAUGAAGAAAAAGAUUUGAUCAGUAAAUACGAGUCUUUUGAAGCAAGAUACAGAGCUUGUGAAAUUCAAAUUCAACAGAAGCUUUCUGAGUAUCAGCAAGGGGGAAAGGCUUUGAAUGAUAUAGAAAAGGUGCUUUUAAAUGUAGAUGCAGAGGAUUUGUGUACAGAUUUUAUUGCACCAGCAAAAGAACAUGAGGAAGAAAUGGAUAGAGAAGAAGGAUCAACACUUUCAAGUAAAUGGGGUUGUUUUGAUCCUGGAAAACAUGCACCAGAUUAUGACAUAGGCCUAGAGCUUGGAAUUCAACGGAAAAAUCUGGAUGAGGAAAUUUCCCAAAUGGGGGAAAUGGAGGACAUACCAUACAGGGAAAUGUUAAGAAACCUUAAUCAACAGCAAAGGGAAUUCUUUUAUCAUGUGUUACACUGGCUGAAAACCAAGAAAGAGCCUUUGUACGCUUUUUUGUCUGGUGGAGCAGGAGUUGGAAAGAGCGUUCUAACACGAGCCCUUUAUCAAGCCUUGCUAAAAUUUUAUUCUCACCAAGUUCAUGAAAAUCCAGACAAUUUGCAUGUUCUUCUCUGUGCACCAACUGGAAAGGCAGCUCAUAACAUAAAUGGGUCUACAAUUCAUGCAGCAUUCUGCAUUCCAGUCGGUAGAGGAUUUGCUUACAAACCAUUAGACAUGCAACAAUUGAAUACUAUGCGUACUCGAUACAUGAACCUAAAGGUAAUCUUCAUAGAUGAAAUUUCCAUGGUUGGUCAUGGCAUGUUUAACUUUGUAAACCUUAGACUGCAAGAAAUUAAAGGAUGCACAUUGCCCUUUGGAGGACUAAGUGUUGUUGCAGUAGGCGACCUGUUUCAGCUGAAACCUGUCAUGGAUGGUUGGAUUUUUUCUCAGCCUAAUAAAGAGUAUGGUCCAUUGGCAGCAAAUUUGUGGAGAGACAAUUUCAAACUGUUUGAAUUAACCAUAAUUAUGCGCCAAAGGGAUGACAGGAUAUUUGCUGAAUUACUGAAUAGAUUGCGAGAAGGAAAUCAAACAGAACAAGACAUUACUGUACUAUAUCAAUGUGUGAAGUCUGAGACUGCAGAUACACAAAAUAUACCCCAUUUGUUUACCACAAGAAAUGAAGUACAGUCAUACAAUAACAAAAUAUAUGACAUGGCAGAUGAUUUGCAGAAAAUCAGUGUAAAUGCUAUAGACUGGGUUAUUGGAGCAUCUGAAGAAGCUGUAAAAUCCAAAGUGUUAGCAAGAGUUCCUGAUGAUUCUGCCAGAACACUGGGGUUAUCAUCUGUAUUGUGUUUGGUUAUUGGAGUUCCAGCUGAAAUAACCAAUAAUGUUAAUGUUCAAGAUGGAAUCACAAAUGGUGCAUCAUGUACAGUUAAACUCUUUGAUUAUCGCGUGCAAGGAUCAACAAGGUGUAGCAUCGUUUGGGUGCAAUUUGAUGAUGAAAACAUUGGGAAGGAGUUGCGCAAGGAAUAUGCAAGACUAUUCAAAGGUGAAAUUGAAAAAACUUGGACACCGAUAUUAGAAAUAACAAGGCAAUUUCAAAUUCAGAUGAAUGGUACAUAUCAUGUUAAACGAAGACAGUUUCCUCUAAGGUUAGGGGCUGCCAAAACUAUUCACAAAGCACAAGGCUCAACUAUGAAGUCUGCAGUUAUAAAUUUUGGAACAAGAAAAAAUGACCAUAUGCAUUAUGUGGGACUCAGUAGGGUUACACAUAUUGAGAACCUACACAUCACAAAUUUGAAUGAAAAAAAGAUUUCACUGUCACCAGCUGUGUUAGAAGAGAUGAACAGGCUUAGAUGUGAGGGAAAGAUGGAAAUGUGUAUUGAUAAUUUGGGUAGAAAGGACCCUCAAUCUACAGUUUUAACAUCAUUCAACAUAAGAUCACUUCAUAAGCACAAGGAUGAUUUGGAGAAGGAUUUCAACCUUAUGAGUUCAGACGUAUUAGCAAUUUCUGAAACAAGACUUAUCGAAACUGAUGAUGCUGACACACUUUCUUUGCCAGGAUAUACAAUGUAUAGGUUUGAUUCUCCACAACAUAGCAACCAACGACCAUCAUAUGGUCUUGCUUUUUAUGUGAAGGAAUCAUUAACUGUUCAAAAAAUCACCAAAAGAGGAGAACAGAAUAUUCAAAUCUUUUCCUUGCUUAUUGAAAUUCGCAGCGGAAAGUUAUUGUUAUUUAUGUUUUUGUAUAUCCCACCAAAGGCCAAUCUGAAAACUGUGAAAAACAUGCUUCAAAAUAUGUUUCAAGACUGUUUGAAAGAUUCCAACCAUGUUGUAUUGACUGGAGACUUCAAUGCUGACAAUCUUUCAUCACAAGCAGGAAACAUCAUUGAAUUCAUGUCCCACUUCAAUUUAAGAUACCUACCUACAGGUUCCACAACUGACUAUGAAUCUGCACUUGAUCACAUAUACACAAACAUUCCUGAAACUCAAAUUCAAAGUUGGGGGACACUUGAGGCUUACUUUUCAGAUCAUAAGCCCCUGUAUAUUGCACUGACAUAA